UUAUCUUCCUGGUAGUUCUUUCGAUUCUCCGGUCUUCUCCAGUUUGAACUCUUUCAAACGUGUGGUGCGCAUCUGUGACAUGUUGCCUUUGAAGAUUGCAAAUACUGUACAACCUCAGGAUGUCAAGAGGGAGACACAUCCCGUCAUGCAGUGCAUUAUUGAUGGGGAGUUGAAGAAGUUAAAAAAGAUGAAAUUUCAGAUUAAUGCACGGUAUCCUUGUGAGCAAUGGAAAGAUGAUGUCACCCCCUUAUGUGCAGCGGUUGCUUGUGGAAAUGAAGACAUCUGCACAUACCUUCUCAGAGAAGCUGCUGAUGCUAACAUCCCAUCAACUGGAGGCGUCACACCUCUGAUGUAUGCACUGCAGUUCAAUGUGUCAGUUCAUAUUGUUAGACAACUAUUACAUGGAAAAGCUGAUCCUAAUUUGGGAUUGCCCACUCCAUUUGUUCUAGCUGCAUGCAACAACAGAAAAGAUAUCGCAAAUGAAUUACUCAGACAUAGAGCUAUUCCUGAAAUCCAUUUGAAUUCUGUCCAAGAUCCAAACAAAGACAGAUUAGUAUCAAAGAUGCUACAUGAGUUAUCUUUGAAAGAUGACCAAAUUACAAAAUAUGCUUUGUUUUUUGAUGUUGAGUGUGAUAUAAGAACAAAGGCUCCAGAGGAUGUGUUCACAUUGCACAAGCAGCAUUUUUUAGAGGUACACCCAAUAAUCCAAGAUACCAUUUUGGACAGAGUGUAUUCAGUUCGUGGACUUGGUGAGUCAAAAUAUGAAGAAUUGGCUACUAAGUGGCUAAAACAAUCUCAAAACCUGAACAAAUAUGUUGAGGGGACAAUCAAAUACUUAUCCACAAUGCCUAUGCAGCAAAUGUUGCUUUCAACAAAUGUAACAAACAAUUUACGUUCAGCUUUUUGCCUGAUGAAGGAAAUACCGCUGAGUUUUUCACUACCACUUGUACGCAUUAUUUUGAAAUAUCUUGCAACAUUUCAGGCUGCCCCUCCUGAUGCCUUUCUACAAUUGCUAUACAUCAUCACACAGAAGACUAAGAGAGAAGAUUGCUCCGAUGCUCAAUUUCUUGAUGAGCUGUGCAAGCUGUGCAAAGGCAUAGUGCCUUUUACAGAUUCAAAGUACCCAACCAACACUGGUGCAGCAACUUAUGGGAUAAUAGCACACCUGUAUUCAUACAGACAUCUACACAAGGUUAUCAAAUCCCUUGGUGUCACAUCAGUACCUGAGAGGAUACUGCUUUUUGCAGACAAAAGCAUGAAUGAAAUUUUGAAAAAUGAAUUGAGGGAACUGAAUGACAACCUAACAAAGCACUAUUCCACUGAACAAUCAUCUGAACAGGAAGUGCUUUCCCAGAUAGAAGAAAAAGAGAAGGAGAAAAAGAAGAAGAAGAAGAAGAAGAAGGGGAAUAAAAAGAACCCUUCGACAAAUGUUGUGGUCUCUGGGUCAGUGAUGGCUUCAGACUGUGACAUGCUCAUGAAUUCAGUUGAUGAAUCUUGCUCUACUGAUGAGCAAAGCUCAAGUGUUCAACCAUUUUCUUCUGACACCGAAACAAUGACAAAUCCACAACGUUGGUACCCAACCAGUCUUCGCUGGAAGGACAAGUUGGAAGCAGUUGCUAACAGAAGAACAAAAGAGAAGAAAGUACAGAAUCUUACUUUUUGUCCUGAUCAUCUAAUAGCAAAAGGAAGUGAUGGCACAGAAGUCUAUAUUGGCCUCAGGGAUGAUGGCACUGAAGUUGCUAUUAAACGCAUGACCAAGUCAAACUACAAGCUGCUUAAAAAUGAGGAGGAUUUAUUACGCGAGCUUGACGAUCCUAGUAUUGUGCGAUACGUAGACUUUGUUGAGGAUGAAAACUUUGGCUAUCUAGCCCUUCAGCUUUGUGAGUACACCCUUGAAGAAUACAUGCAACCAGAGAAAAAACUUUUACCAGAAAACCAUAAAGAAAAGAUAGACAUUCUGAAGACAAAAGUGAAGGAAGUCCUUCACAGUUUAGAAGUCCUUCAUAGUCAGGAUAACAAAGUGCUUCACAGGGACAUCAAGCCCCAGAAUGUUUUGAUCGAUAUCCAUGGAAAAGCAAGAUUGGCUGAUUUUGGCAUCAGCAGAAGACUGACUGUCGAACAGACAACAUUGCACACAAGGCCUGCAGGAACCAAAUGCUGGGAGGCUAAAGAAGUGUUGCAGAGUGUUGAAGAAAAGUGUGACAGUGGCUUUAAAAGAAGCUCAGAUGUCCAGGUUGCAGGAAUGCUGGUGUACUACAUCCUCUCCUGUGGACACCAUCCUUUUGGGGAAGGGAUUCGCUGUGAGAUUAACAUCCUGGAUGGGAAGUACAACCUGGAUUUGGUGAAAGAUGAGUUGGCUAAAGAUCUGAUUGAGUGGAUGAUCCAAGAUGACCCCAAAGACAGGCCAAGAGUGGAGGAAACGCUCACUCAUCCCUACUUCUGGGAGAAUGAGAGGAGGGUGGAGUAUUUGACAAAAGUAAGUGAUCAGAGUGAAGCAGAGAACUUUCGAAAUGCAGACAAGAAACUCCUUGAGGAUCUGGGGAAAUGCACUGUGGAUAAAACCUUCUCUGAGUGGAGAAGCAAAUUCCCCCCUGAGCUGGUCCACAAGCUGGAUGAGAGGCAGAGGAAGGCCUACCCUGAGAACACUCUGGCUCUGCUGCGUUUCAUACGCAAUCUCCACCAACACCACCAUGAUGAAGCAGAGAAGAUUGAUCUGAUGGAACUGUUCCCUGACCUGUUUGAGACUGUCUUCCUGUUUGUCAAAGCUAAGAAGUGGAAUUCACGACCCAGCUUGAAAAAAUUCUUCAAAUGAACUUCCUGAAGACUCAGUCAUUGGUUUUGAUAUCGUUAUGUCUUAAAAUGUGUUCAACGGAUGAUUUUUGCUAAGACUGUCCGGCUUUUAAUUAUUUCCGUCUUUUAAUUCUAUAUUUGUAUUAUUUUAAAAAAAUAUAAUAUUUAAAAAAAAAAAAAAAAAUUAAUAAAAGAAAAUAUAUAACUGCAGUAGGCUAUGUCUGUAUGUCAAGAAUCCAAUUCAACAUUAAAGUGGAGUAUGCGAUAC